AUGGGGUUUAGCAAUCCUACUAUAAUGAGUUUUGAGGUCAGAUCUGAAAAGUUUGAUACGAUAGCAUUACCUUCGGGUAGUUUUGCGAACAUGCUGAUACCUUAUCAGGGUAGGUUAGCAUGUGUUACUAAUACCAUGAAGAACGAUGUCAAUGGUGGUAUUAUAUUGUGGACUUUGGAUGAUGCAGAGAAACACAUAUGGUCAUGUAAACUCUUUCUUGCUCCUUUUGCACAUAUGGUCAUUAUUGUAUGUAUGUAUGUAUUAUUGUCUCACAACAGCAACAAGGAUUACAAUUUUUGCAAGAUAUAUCUUACUCCACAAGCAAUAAAGAAGAAGAAAGAAGUGGAAGAAGAGAAGAAGAAGCAGAAGAAAGGAGAAGCCGUUGUUUCAGUUGCACAUGUGGAAGCAUUGGAAGAGCAGCAACCUUGCAAUGUCGAGUAUCAUCAACCGCUAGCACCGCUAGAUUCUUGCCAACCGCAGCGUCAUGAUUUGGAAUAUCAACAGCAGCAGUUUUGUCCAGGCCCGCUGGAUUCUUAUCAACCGCAUCCUCAUGAUAUGGAGAGUCAGCAACCGCAUAAUCCGCUGCUUUAG